AUGAACAAGCACCUCGGGUCCCAGCGGGACGAGGCGCCCGCCGGCCGGAACCCGGACUCGCCACCGUCGUCCGCGGAGCACUACCCGGACGAGCAUACGCGGCUGCUCCCGAACCGCGUCGACAGCACGCCGUACCUGUCGCCCGACGACCCCGCCGUGUCGCCCUACAACCUGUGGACUGUCCGUUUGGUGCGGUACGCCACCGUGGUACUUACGUGCAUCACCUUUGUCUGGUGGGUGCUGAUGUUCGUGUCAGCCUUUAUCACGCCGCCUGGCCUGCACGCGCGCGGGUCGCCGUGGUUCGCCUUCAGCUACGCCACCAUCUCGCUGCUGACGCUGCUGGUGACGCUGCUCUUCUUCGCGGUGCCCAGCAAGUCGUCGCGGCUGCUGAGCAUCGUCGCGGCCGGGCUGCUGCUCGUCGGCACCAUCAUCAUCGCGGCCGUCGAGAAGAUGAGGCACGAGGAGCUGUGGAUCGGCGUGGCGAGCGCCGUCUGGGCCACCCUGGUGACCGUCUGGGUCGUCGGGGCUGACCGCGUCGUUCAGUGGGGCAAGACGGAAGAAGAAGAACGGCUCACGGGCCGGCCCGAGACGCGGCGCACGCUGCUGGAGUGGGUCGAGGUGCUGCUGUCGAGCGUCGUGCUGACGGCCGUCGCCGCCGUGGUGCUGCUGAUGACGGCCAACCUAGCGAUGCGGGCUCUCGACGCCCGCCUGGCGCCGCCUGGUGAGCGGUACUGGGUCGACGGGGACAAGUAUCAAAUCCACCUGUACUGCCACGGUAACCAGACAGACACCGAGGGCCGCCGCGUCACGACGGUGCUCCUCGAGGGUGGCGAGGACCCCGUCGAGCACACCUUAUGGCAGUUGGCCGACAACGCUCUCAAGAACGGCUCCAUCGGUAGGUACUGCUUUGCCGACCGCCCCGGUGUGGCAUGGAGCGACACGGCUCCGUCGCCGCUGUCGGCCAGCAUGGCUUCCGACGCUCUCGGAGAGGCGCUGUCACGUGCUGGAGAGACGGGACCUUGGGUGCUCGCCAGCGCCGGGAUUGGGUCGCUGUACUCGCGCGUCUUCAGCUCACGGCAUGGCGAGGAGGUGCGCGGCAUCCUGAUGAUCGACCCGCUGCACGAGGACCUGCUUGGACGCGUGGGCGCGCCGGGUCGCGGCUUCCUGUUGUGGCUACGCGGCGUCAUCUCGCCCGUCGGGCUAGACCGGCUCACGGGGGCCGUGUUCAGGGGCCGCAGCGCGGCGGACCGGACGUGGGGCCGGGCGGCGUACCAGUCGGGCAGCUCCAUCUUCGCCAAGCUCCAGGAGAGCCUGGUCGCCGACUCCUUUACCAAGCGCGACGUAACGGCGAGCCGCACGAUCCAGAACCAGAAGACGCCUGUCGUAGUCAUCAGCUCGGGCCAGCAGAUCCGCAGGGACAGCGAGUGGGAGGCCAAGCAACGAGAUCUCACCCACCUCACUUCAAACCUGGAAGACUGGGACAUUGUAGACGAGGCGCCCCACGAGGCCUGGCAGACCUUCAAGGGCAGAGAGCUGAUUGAGAAGAGGCUGAAGAAGCUCGUCAAGGCACGAUAG